AGGACAUCUGGGGGCAAGUUCGACAUCGACCACGACCGGGGCCCCUGGCCCCUCGCCAACCCCGAAGGCGAUGCUGGAGCACCACAAAGCAUGAGCGGCUUUCCCCCGUCAUGGGCCUUCACCUCCCCCCGGCCUCCGCCCGCCGCCGCCUUCCACCAGGAACCUGGCCACCACCCUGCCCACGCCCCCCCCACUCACCCCCCACAGGGGCACGACCUGGACGACCUCGUUGGCCUCCAUCCCCGAGAUCCUGGAGUCCCCCCCUCGGCCACGCCUCCUUCAGAUAUCAGCGACAUCCUUCCGACCUGGGGGCAUGGAGACCGCGCCCCUGGGAAGCCGAAAACCAGCAUGGACUGGUCGGCCCGGGCUUGCCCCUCGUGGUGGGACGCCGCCCCAUGGCCCCCCGUGCCCGAGGAGUCCGUGAAGCGAAAACAUCAUGUGGGGCGGGGUGGUGCUUGCACCUCGCUACUGGAGGUGGGCCCGAGGAGGACCGCCAAGUGUCCCCAAGUGCUCGGCCGACGCCCCCCCUCAGGGACGCCCUUCGCCCGGACGAGAUCUCCGAGGAAAGACGAGGAGGACUCCGAGGGACCAACCUCCCCGACACGCCCUCCGGCACCCCCCAAGCGACCUGCGACUCGACGAAGUCCUGAGCGAGACGUCGAGUCCCCCCCCGGCAAACCCCAGGAGCACCAACAGCGCCUCCCCCCGCUACAACGCCAAGAGCUCCUUCCGCCAGCAGUCCAAGCAGCGGCCCCCCCUCCUCCGCCUCCUCCCUUCCUCCUCCAGCAGCAGCAUCGAGCACAACGACACAACUACUCGGCAAAAGUCCCCCGCCCCUAA